CUUAAAAUGGUGCUGGUCAGCACAGAGACAUGAAACUUGCUUUACCGCCGUGUCUUGCGUGGGCGACGGUGGCGCGACCGUCGCCGUCGCGUCUCAUACUUCCAUAUCGAUAAGGUUUGAUUUCGUAUGCGUCGCAUCGCCGUCGCGCGACCAUCGCGCGACCGUCGCCCACGCAAGCUACAGCGUUAUCUAAUGACACAGAAUAGGUAAAAAUUGUGUUUUAGGAAUAUAACAAUAAUAAUUGAACUCUUGAGCAUAAGUAUAUUGACGACACUCUUUUAUAUUUGGAAUCACAUAACACGGGUAAUAUUGUACGUACAUAUUUAUAUUGCCAAUGCUUUACAGGUCAUACUUAUUUAUGUUUUCAAUUUACAUAUAAUUUUAUUACUUACCUACUUCGGAAAACUCUUACAAUAUGCACAUUCAAACCGUUUUGUUGUUAUGUGGAUUAUUUUAUUACUGCUCUGGUUUUAAUAUAACGGACUAUUUUCUGGCAAAGAACGUAACAGGGAAUAAAUGCGCCAAAAAACUACCACUAGUCUUUUUGCCGGUCGUCAUAAAAGUGUAUCGAUGGCCAGAAAUUAAAUUAAAUGAAACCAAACAACGAAUUUUAAGGGGGCAGGUGACGGAGCCGGGCGGUGCCACCGCAGGCGCGGGCGCGAGCGCGGGCGCGGGCGCAGCCCGGCACGGUCCGCAUCAAUCGCUUCGAGCCCGAGCCGCAGCCGGCGCCCGGCAACGGCAGCGGCCUGACGCUGCUGUUAUGAAACAAUUCCUCCACCGCCAUCACUAG